AUGUGCGUUCUGGACGAUGUAUGUGCCCAGAAUCACGGGCAGUCUGAAGGAGUGGAUGCACAGUUGCUCAGCCAUUUAAACAAAACUUUCGCUCAACAUCCACACUAUCAACCAGGCGCCGAGGGAUUUUUGGUCAAACAUUAUGCCGGCGAUGUUGCCUAUAAUGUGGACGGCUUUUGCGAUCGUAACCGUGAUGUGCUCUACCCGGACCUUAUUCUGCUUAUGCAAGGAAGCUCCAAGUCUGUUUUUUUUCAUUCUAUCUUUAAUUCAUGUUUGGACAUCAUUGUAAACUAA